AUGGUUGUAAUUGGCUCUGAAGGAUGUGGAAAGACCAGCAUCCUGCGUCGCUUUGCUGGAGAUACUUUUUACGAAUAUAAGAAGAAUCCUGAUACUUGCACAUUUUCAACAAUGAUGUACUUUGAAGUACACAAUCAUACAAUAGAGGUGUACACAAAUAUAACUGAAUUAUUAAUGAUAAAAUGUAACACAACUUUACAGUCAGCUAAUGGGUACAUCUUGGUUUAUGAAUAUGGUAACGAAGAAAGUUUCAAAUAUAUGUGGGAUAAAAUGAUUGAAUUAAAAAAGAGAAGAAAAGAGAAUGUGAUAAUUUUAUGCAACAAAUUUGAUCAAUAUAAUACAUGGGACUCACCAAAAAUAAAUGGAGGUUUAGACACCAGUAUUGUUUUAGACUACAGACACUAUUUUAUAUCUGCGAAAACGAAUAGAAAUAUUGCAAAAGCAUUUAGUGAUUUAGCUCAAAAGAUUAUAUCAGGGUUCUAG